CCCGCCCGCCUUCACUGAUUGUCCGACCUGGGUGCAGACGGCGCCAUGUUGGCGUUAAAGCGGAACGCGGUGAUCGGCCUCAACCUGUACUGCGGGAGCGGCCCGGCGCUGGCCCCCUCCCCGCCGGACUCCCCGAGCGGCGCGGGGGGCCCUCCCGCCCCAGGCGCGCGGGACCCCGGCCCUCCGGCGGAGGCCGGCCGGCCGGCGCCGCUGAUUGGCGGAGCCGCUUGGGGUCCCAACGGCCGCUCUGAGGGGGCCCGCGCGCUGAUUGGCGAGGGGCCCCGCGCGCGGAGCGGCUCCCCCACCCCCCCCCCGCCGGCUCUGGUGGCCGUGGGGCCCCGGCCGGCCUCGCUGUGGCGGCCGGAAGAGGAACUGGACGGCUGCGACCCCGACGCCGAGAGGAUGGGCCCGCCGCCGUCGCCGUCCGCCGCCGGCUCCUUGCCCGGCACCCCGCCCGCGGAGGACGACGACGACCUGGACGGGCUGUACCGGGACUCGCUGGAGCUCAUCAGCCGCUACCUGCGGGAGGCCGCGGAGCUCGGCGGGCCCGGCGGCAAGAAGCUCCACAAGCGGCUGCCGAGCGGGCCGCGGGGCGCGGGCCCCGCCGCCAUGGAAAAGGCGCUGGGGACGCUGCGGAGGGUCGGCGACGGCGUCAUGGAGAAGCACCAGAUCGCCUUCCAAGGAAUGCUUCGGAAGCUAGACAUCAAGAACGAGGAGGAUCUGAAGUCGGUGACUGCCGUUGCAACCCAUGUUUUCAAUGAUGGAGUAACAAACUGGGGUAGAAUUGUGACACUCAUCUCUUUUGGUGCCUUUGUUGCAAAACACCUGAAGAGCAUAAACCAGGAGAAUUGCAUCAACACACUAGCAGGGAUCAUCACAGAUGUGCUUGUCACAGGCAAACGAGAUUGGCUAGUUAACCAAAGAGGCUGGGAGGGAUUUGUUGAAUUCUUCCGUGUAGAGGAUCUAGAAGGUAGCAUCAGGAAUGUUCUGGUGGCUUUUGCAGGCUUUGCUGGACUGGGAGCAAGCUUGGCCUACAUGAUGCGAUGAGCCAUGGAAUGAUAUAAAUGACCUAAAUGCGAGGUGGACUAGCUCUCCUUUGCAUCUGGAGUUAGUGAACUGCACACUUCCUGCUGUGAAAGAAUACCUAUGACACUGUACUUCAAGGGAACAUAGAGAAUAACAUCUGGGAAUCUCACUGAGUGACUUCCCCCUCCCUCCCCUUCCCCCCGAAAGGGUAGUGUGGUGCAGUCUGACUGAGAGUACCAACAAGAGGAUUUUUUUGCUAAAGAGAACAGAAAAUGAAGCAAGUAAUACUGCUUCCUUGAAGAGCCUUGUGAAAGGAUGCUAAGAGUACUGUUUUUAAGUGCAGUCUUGUCACUAAGGGAAACAGCUCCUGUUCAAGUCAACAAAAGCACCAGCGGCUCUUACUCCGGACUGUCUAGAGGCUUUUAUUAGUUUUGGUAUGAUGGCUGUAUACGGAAUGAGUUUCAUUUCCUUCGCUCUGAGUUGUGAUCAUAGCUCACUGGAAAUGUGGACUAGGGUCCUGUGGACCCAUUGAGUCUCUAAGUUUGUGGCUUGUGUCUUGAGUUAGAAGUGCAAAAAGGUAUAUUCUGGGUAUAACCAGAUAUACCAGCUGUGAGUGGAACUUUUGCUGAAAUAUGCCUACAUUCCAUCAGCAGUGAAAAGGGGUACAGUCAUCUUGAAAGCUGAGAAGCCCUGACCUUGCUGUAGCUAGCCAACUUUAACAGGCUGCCAGUAGAGCUCCUUAGGCCAUUAUUUGCCACCUCUGUUAUGACUCUCAAAGAACACCUGCAGUCAUAAAGAGAGGGAGUGCAGUUGUAAGUAUGUAAAAAAACAAAAAAAACAACUUCGCAGGGGGUGGGGAGGCUUGUACAGAGAACUUUGUAAAUGUCUAUAAAACUGUAAAAUAUGUACAUUUUUACAGAGAUGAUCUCUUGAGAGAGAUGGCUAGAGUGAGUCCAGAUCCCUUUAUUGAAAUGCUGUACACAGCAUUUCCUUUUUUGCUUCUCUUACCCUGACUUCCACAAAGUGUCUCUUCCUCAUGUACUCUAGUAAAACUGCUAGGCUUCUCUGGCGAAGUUUGGCUAUGUGACUGAUGCCUGUGUUCCCUAUGACUUGCUGGCCGCAGCACGAGUUUUUGGUUUUUUUAUUAGAUUGUUUUAAUCUUUGGAUUAUUCCUGACUCUUUAAUGGCUGGGUGAGUGUUCUGGAAGCCACUGUUGGCUAUUUCCUAGUCAUGUUUUAUUUUGACCUAUUUUUUUAGUCUUGAUUCAAAACUAAGCUAAUUUGAAUGUAAGCAUUUUCUCAAACUAAAUAAAACAACUAAAUUGGAUUGAAUCUGCAGUUAGCACCAUGAAUCCAUUAAUUUGACAUACUCAAUUCAAUCCUUCAGUAGCUAUUUCUCACAUUCACUCUGGACAGGCUUGCAGGGAGUAAUCUGGUAUUAAUUUUUUUUUUUAACUGAGCCAGUUGAUUCCCUCUCUGUAUGCACAAUAGUUUCAUAUUAAAUUUUGGGUUUUCAGCAAAAUGAGGUAUGUUAGUCUUCACUGUAUUUAAAAUCUUGUUCAGACUGAAUUAGGGUUGAAGUGGAAGCUAAUGUAAAACAAAGCCUAGACUUCAAACAUGGUGCUAGCAUCAGGCUUGCUUGUUUACAUAAUAAAUGAGCGUCCUACUCUUGUCAAUAAAGUGGUUUUUGUUCA